AUUCAAACAUCCCUCUCUACCUCUCUCUCUCUCUCUCUUUUUCUCUGUGUCUCUCUCCUCCUCCCCCUCCCUCUUUCUUCUCUCCCUCCUAACCUCAUUUCCUUUGAAAUAGUAGCACUAGAGAACAAAAACUCUAGCUAGCACUGAUAAUGUAUAUACAAGCCACGAUUCAGAAGAAUUAGUCCAUUCUCUUUCAAGUGAAGAAGCUGUUUAGUUUGCUCCAAAAACAUUUGUCAGAGGAUGUGGCCUAAAACCUGCAAUGAGAUGGCUUUCUUCCCAGCAAAUUUCAUGCUCCAAACCCCUCACCAUGAUGAUCAUCAUCAACCCCCACCUUCUCUCACCUCAAUUCUACCACCUCAGGAAUAUCAUGGGGGAGUGACCUUUCUGGGAAAGAGAUCCAUGUCAUUUUCAUCGGGGAUUGAGCACGGAGAAGAGCCCAAUGCUGAGGAGGAUUUGUCCGAUGAUGGAUCACAGGCAGGGGAGAAGAAGAGGAGGCUCAACAUGGAACAGGUGAAGACACUUGAGAAGAGCUUUGAGUUGGGGAAUAAGCUUGAGCCAGAGAGGAAAAUGCAACUUGCAAGAGCUCUUGGGUUGCAGCCAAGACAGAUUGCGAUAUGGUUUCAGAACAGAAGGGCAAGGUGGAAGACCAAGCAGUUGGAGAAAGACUACGAUCUUCUCAAAAGACAGUAUGAAUCUGUCAAGUCAGAUAAUGAUGCACUUCAAACUCAGAACCAAAAACUUCAGGCUGAGAUAUUGGCACUGAAAAGUAGAGAGCCAACUGAAUCCAUCAACCUUAACAAAGAAACAGAAGGAUCGUGCAGCAACAGAAGUGAGAACAGCUCGGACAUCAAGUUGGAUAUCUCAAGGACACCAGCUAUUGACAGUCCUGUAUCUACACAUCAGGCGAGCAGAACCCUGUUUCCAUCUUCUGCUAGGCCUGCAGGGGUUGCUCAGCUUUUCCAAACUUCUUCAAGACCAGACCUUCCAUGCCAAAAGAUUGACCAAAUGGUCAAAGAAGAAAGCCUAAGCAACAUGUUCUGUGCCAUGGAUGACCAAUCCGGGUUUUGGCCAUGGUUGGAGCAGCAGCAUUUCAACUGAACCAAACCAAGAGAGUUAAUUAAUUUAAAAUUUCAAUGUACUACUUUUUUCCCUGUGAAAUCAAGAGGGUGUUCGUCCAUCAAUUACCACACUUGAUUAUCAUGAGUUCUUUAAAUUAAAACCCAUGUUUUGAAACUUGGUGUAUAAAAUAGAAUUAAUAUAUAUCAAGUAGAAGUUUUCAAUCUGGCCGGGCUUGAAAAUUUUUAUAUGAAUGAUGAAUAAAGGGCUAGUCACUUUUGAAA